CACAAGCAUGUGGAUUUUCGGCUAUGGUUCAUUAAUAUGGAAAGUUGAUUUCCCUUACGUUAGAAAGUUGGUUGGAUAUAUAAAUGGAUUUGAAAGAAGGUUUUGGCAAGGCAGCGAAGACCACAGAGGUGUUCCCGGUCGGCCUGGCCGGGUUGUUACUUUGGUAGAAUCCAAAAGUACUGAGAGCACAGUAUGGGGAGUUGCCUAUGAAAUUGCACCAGAAGUUGAAGAGGAAGUGACAUCUCAUUUAGACUUUCGAGAAAAGGGUGGUUAUAAACAGACUCUUGUGACAUUCCAUCCUAAAGACAAAACUGAGAAUUCAUUUAAACUAAUGAUUUAUGUGGGAACUGAAGACAACCCAUUCUACCUCGGCGAUGCUCCUGAAGAGGAAGUUGCUUAUCAGAUAUUUCACUCAGCUGGACCAAGUGGACAUAACUCUGAAUAUUUAUUUGAACUUGCAAAUGCCAUGAGGCAAAUCGCACCAGGCGUUCAAGAUGAACACUUGUUUAAGCUGGAAAACCUGGUCAGAAAGUUAUCCGACUCUGCUGCUAUUGGAGGGCGUGGAUAAUACAUGUACAUUUAAUAGUGAUUUCAACAUAUAUUUUUAUUGGUUUUAAAGAUGUUUAAGGAGAAGAUAUCAUAUUCAAAUCAUCUGUUAGAAAUACAAUAUUGUAUGUAAAACUAUACUAUUACUGCAGUUUAGCAGUACAGCAUGUGACGGGUACAUGUACUUGUAGAUCUAAAAGGUUAACAUAUUUUUGAUCAUUAUGCAGUUAUCAUACUCAUGAUAUAGAUUACCCAGAGGUAUAUAGUUUUCCACACAUGUAUGAGAGGGACUGAAAGGUCAGAUCAGCAGUAUAACAAGGCACAUACCUUAUAAACAUAUUUGUAGUAUAUAUAUGCAUGUACCUCUGGUUUAUUUAAUGGAAGAUACUGUAUGACACAUAUUUAUUAAAUUAUUAAAA